ACGACAGCAAAAAGUGAAGGCGAUCGCCAGUGUCAGGACAGACUAGAAACGAAGCAGAAGUGUGAGAUGUGAGAGUGCGAGUGUGUGGAAAGUAAAAAAAUGUCUUGAAAAAUAACUUUUUUGCUUGCGCCGAUUAGGAAAUGUGUAAUGUUUUUUAAAAUUGCUGUUCAAGAAUGCCGAUUCAGGCGCCCCAAUGGACAGAGUUUCUCAGCUGUCCGGUUUGCUGCAACGAAUUUGCGGCGAAUCUACGUCCUCCAAUCAGUCUAGGAUGUGGCCAUACCAUAUGCCGUACUUGCUUGGCGACCUUGCAUAGGAAGCAGUGUCCCUUCGAUCAGACAAUUAUAACCACAGAACUAGACAAUCUACCGGUUAACAAUGCCUUACUGCAGCUGGUCAGCACUAGCACCACCACUGGCAGCAGUGCCGGUAGCAGCGGCGGUAAUGUCACAAACACCUCUUCGCCGGGCUCGUCCACCGGAGGCAGUGGGGUGUCCGGUGGGAGUACAAUCGAUCCGGAUAUCAAUUCUCCCAGUGUGCAGAACCUGAAUCCUGAUGAUUUGCUGUGCUACAAGUCUGCCCGAGGUUGCAUUGAAGAGCUAGCGCUUUAUCUGAAACCAUACCCGAAUGGGAACGCCGGUGGGCUUUUGUCGCGUCCAAUGCAACGCAAACUAGUCACCCUGGUCAACUGUCAAUUGAUUGAGGAUGAAGGGCGAGCGCGAUCGUUACGUGCCGCUCGCUCGUUAGGCGAACGGACGGUUACCGAGCUGAUCCUGCAGCAUCAAAAUCCUCAACAGCUUAGUACCAAUUUGUGGGCAGCCGUUAGAGCACGAGGCUGUCAGUUUCUGGGACCAGCAAUGCAGGAAGAAGUUCUGAAGCUUGUGUUGCUAGCAUUGGAGGAUGGGUCAGCACUAUCCAGAAAGGUACUGGUAAUGUUUGUUGUACAGCGGUUGGAGCCUCAUUUUGCACAAGCAUCAAAAACGAGCAUUGGACACGUUGUACAGUUGCUCUACCGAGCAAGUUGUUUCAAAGUAUCCAAACGAGAAGGAGAUUCAUCGUUGAUGCAGUUGAAGGAAGAAUUCCGUACUUAUGAGGCACUGAGGCGGGAGCACGAUGCACAAAUAGUACAAAUUGCAACCGAAGCUGGUCUCCGGAUAGCUCCAGAUCAGUGGUCAUCUCUCCUGUACGGUGAUACAGCUCACAAGUCACACAUGCAAAGUAUCAUUGAUAAGCUGCAAACGCCGCAAUCAUUCGUGCAAUCUGUUCAGGAACUAAUAAUCGCCCUGCAACGAACGGGGGAUCCGGCCAAUUUAUCUGGGCUGAGAGUUCAUCUCAAACAUCUGUCUGGUAUUGAUUCAAAUGCCGAGAAUCAUGUGCCAACAUGGCGUGAGUGCUCAACCGCACUGGAGGCGGUGAAACGGGUCGUUAUAGGCCUGGUAGAUUUUGUACAGCAUCAUGGUAACCGAAAGCUACAGGAACCAGGUUACUUGGCUCAUAAUAGUAAAUAUAAAAUUAGUCUGUGUCGCGACCUGAAUCUCCGGGGAACUUGUCCUCGUGGAUCAAAUUGUACAUUUGCACAUUCAGAUGAAGAGGUAGAGAAAUACCGUACUAAGCUGCGCAAGAGUAAUAUUCGUACUCCAAAUGGGAAGGAUCAUGGUGAAUAUAUGGGAGAUCUUGGGAUGCCAUCUGGAUCACAUGGAUACCAAUCAUCCGGCGAAGAAGCGUCACCAAUGCGAUACCCAAAACCUGCACCCCCAAUGAGAUACUUAGACAAAUCACCAAUGAGUAAUCACAGUCAUGCAAGCGGCAGUAGCAAUAGUAACAGUAGUCAAAAUAGCCACUUGGCGCCAAUUCCACCACACCAACACCCUCCCUAUGCUAAUGUGCCGCCUCCGCCAACGGCUCUUCAACACGGUGCCAAUGGAAGAAAUUUCAAUUUUAAUCCAAACUAUGCCACCGGAAGUAAUAGUAAUUUACCAUUUGGAACACGUCCUCCGCCACCGCCAAUGCCACCACCACCUGUUCAUUCAACUGGGGGAGUUCGAGGAAACUUCGUUCGACCUCCUAAUGGAAAUUUCAUUGGCCAUCCACCACCACCUCCGCCCAUGCAGCAUAACCCUGGCAAUGGACCUCCGAUAGGUGUAUUGCAUGGUGCGAAUCAUCAUACAUAUCCUGCCACACAGCCACCGCCGCUCGAUCAGGUACAUCCACCAAUGAUGAAUGCACCUCCGCCAUCUUACAUAGCCAAUCAAGGGUUUCCAGAGUAUUCGGAUAAAAUGGAUCAAAGGCGAACAUUUACUCCGUGGGAUAACCAAUCAACACCGACGGUUAACAAUCCAAGCAAUCCUGUAGCUGGUACUCCUGGUCCACAGUUGCACUCAAUAGCUACUCCAGUCAAUCUCAUGGCUCAACAACAUGUCACUAAAUCUGGAAUUAAUCCGCCGUACCCGUCGUCUUUGCAUGGCAACAAGGGACAUCUGCCCAUACCACCACACUCGCAACAUCCAAUGCCCACACUGCCGUCUCAUAUACAACAGCAGCAUCCGCAAACACAACAACAUUCUGUACCAAAUAAUGGUGGCAAAUACUACCAAGGAAAUACCCAAAUUCAACACAAAUUACGCGAUUAUCGUGAUAAACAUCACAGCAAUAUCAACAAUGGACGAAUGCAUUUGCCGCAAGCUCAUUCACAAACGCCACAAGGUGUCCCCUCGAUGCAACAGCCAACAUCAACGUUUGGCAAUGGUAGCAGAAGUAAUUUACACACUCCACACUCACAAACUGCGCCAGGUAUGAACAGCAAUGGGGGUAUGGCUACUGGCAAUAAUGGUGUAAUGAAUGGCUAUCAUGGUGGCACUUUGCCAUUCAGUCGUAAUGAAACAUUGGAGCUGUUCAAAAUGCUCAACUUGAGCAGUGGAUCCGAGCUGGCUCAUUACGUUGAAACAGCCAAGGACAUGUUUGUACGUUCUGACUCACUUUUGGCUGAUGACGAUAUAAAUAUUUCAGAGAGUGAAUUUGCCAAUGCUGCGAAUAACAAGUAUGGCCCUAUUUCGCGAAUGAGCAACCAGUCCGGCAAGCAACGAGCAGAUUUCCCAUUUGCUAGUAGUAUACUGGAAAGCGAAUGGCUAUCAAACAUGCCGCAGCAACUGUACAACGAGAUCGCUGCUCUGGGAGACCAAUCAUCUUCUAAUUGCUCAUCAAAUUCAUCCUCGUUCUAUCAACAUACUCAGCAGCAGGGUACAAUAUCUCAAACGGCGGGGCCCAAAUCCGAACCAAACAACAACACUUUGGAGCUGGAUUUAUUCCAGGUUGACCAUAAGCUUCCUGAUUACGGUGGUGGUUCACUCGCUGGUGCUAAUCAAGUGAAUACAUCAACAUCACAGCUUUUGCAUCAUCAUCAAGUUGAGGCCCAAUUGCUGCAGCAGCAGCAACAACAACAACAGCAGCAUCAUCAUGCUUCAUCUACGCCUCAGCACAUGGCAUCAGCAGCACAAUUACCGGUACAUCAUUCGUCUGCCGCAGUGGCUGCAGCAGCACUUGGAAUUUUGUCACAUCACCAACAGCGAGCUGCCCAUUCGCAUCAUUCGUCGCCACAGCCAAAUCAUCAACUGCAGCACCAACAGCAGUUGCACCACCAUCAGCAGCAGCAAAUGCAACAGCAACAACAACAACAACAGCAACAUGCAUUACACAAAAUCACAACUCAUACGGAAGCUGUACGUUUCAAUGAUCUGAUGGGGAAUGGCGGAGGAGCCGAUUUGAAGAUCCAUAAUUUCAAGGAGCUAAAGGAUUUAAAGGCCCAGCAUGCGAUGACUGGUUUAUCACCCGUAUCGGGUGUAUUGACCGUAUCCACGUCGCCUUCAUCUGUAGUAUCACCGUUGUGGAAUAAUCUGCUGGAUCUUUCCGGUUUAAAACCACCAUCUGCAGACAAUGAACUGGUUGUUGCGGGGCAUGUAAACAGCGCCGGUUGCAGUGGCAAUAGCAGCCAUACUAUCUUGAACAGUAGUACAUCUAGCAGCAGUAUAGGUAAUAUUAACAGCAGCAGCUGCAGUAACAACAACAUCAGCAACAAUAACAAUAGCAACAAUGAAGAUUCCUACGAAGCAGGAAUCGCCGAUGAUAUGCGUGAGCUUGCUCUUCGUCUCGAGUCCGAAUUGGAAUUGGACGAGACCGGAACAUAAGCCCAACGUGCUCAUACACUCAUUAUGUAAAAACAUACUUUGACUGAUUGUGAUCAAUAUCUCCUAACUAAAUUGUAAGCGUAGCUAGAGCGUAAGCUGGAGAAUAAAGCUUACAUCCUCCUGAGUAGGUAAAAUCUGACUAAUCAACAGCAAAGUAAUAUUUCAUUAAAUGAAAUGGAAGAUCGAUACCAAUUUUAAAAAUUAUGCAGGAAAAAAAUUAUCCAGAUUAUCAGGAUUACUGGAAGGACGCGAUAUCGUGUAUUACACAGAUAAUAAAACACAAAAAAUUAGAUAAAUAAAUAAGCUGCAAGUGAACCUUCGCGCGCAACGAUUAGAAUGAGGAAACGCUUGGAUCCAGGAGCGUUAACCUAUUCAGUGCUUGUUUUAGAGAUUUUUCUGUUUUGCAGAAAACAAGUGUUUUAGAGAUAUUUUUCGGAUCGAAACAAAACUGCUAUUUAGGGUGAGAACAAAGAAAGGACAGUAUAGGCUUGUUUGUUGUAGUAGAUCUUGCACUCUACCUACAAAAAACAUUCAAGAUGAUUAGCUAAUAUACAUUAUAGUAGAUUGUGCGUAUCCGUAGCGGAUAGGUUGAUGGGAAGGUAUGAGAUAUGAAAACGGUGUAUGAAGAAAUACUGAGAUCUAGUGACAAAGAAAGUGUAUAGAUGAAGCCAAGCAACUGAUAGCGUGAUAGACCCGGAAAAGGUGAUUCUUUAUUAUAUUAUUGAUGGUUAUAUUGCAAAUUAAAAAUCUAUUUAUUAACGUUUAUAUCACUAAUAUCACUUAUUCGCUAUUCGUUCGUUGUAAUUAUUAUUCCGAUUCACAAAAUGUUCUAAUUCGAAACUAUUUGCUAGGAGUGUUAGGGUUGGUAUAUUGAGAAGUGAAUUAGAGCUCGUUUUAAUUAUUUGUUUUAGCUCAUUUCUCGUUUUGAAACGAAAAUAUAAUUAUGAAUUAUAUUUUUUCUAAUAAUCAAAUGUUUACAUAUUAGCCAAUUAUUAACCUUUUUAAAAUACGUUUCGUCGGUUUAUAACAGUUGUUAGUGUAGCCGCCCCAUCUUUUAUGCAACAUUUUAUAUGUAGUUCUUUUAUAUAUAACGCUAUUUUUACACGAUGACCGAAUGGUUUGUGUAAAAGCAAGAGUAAAACUAUGUUUUUAUUAUAUACAUAUUACGUAAAUGCAAACGAGUUUAGUGGAUAAAGUAACAAAAUUACUUAGCGUCACCGUUUUCUGUAGUAAUUGUUACUGCAUAUGGGUAGUUAGCUGUAAUUUGUUUAAGGGCGAACUCAAAUAGAUUGUUUUUUUUUUCGUUUAUAUUUGCACAGAAAGGACGCUUUAUUGAUAAACUUAACUGGUUGAUUUUUAUUAAAUCAAACAAUAGGCUUUCUUCGCGAAAAAAGGUUUUAUGCAACGCAUGUUUAGUUUACCUGGUAGUAACCAAUAAAUCAUCCGGAACACUGAAACGUCCAGCGAAAUUACAGUGACUCUUGUAGCAAAACAAAUCAAUAAACAAUAAAGAAAAGGUAGCAGUAAAUUUUUGGCAUUCAUACCACUGGAAAAUAAUUAAUAGGUGGUUCUAGCAUGGCUUAUUAUAUUUAAAAUUCUUUCUGGUGUUUGACCAAACAAACAAGGAAGUAUAAUCAGAAAUCGAAGGUUAACAUGAAGAAGGGUAGAAAUAAGUAAACAUUGAGACGCGAAUGAGAUUGAAAAGUUUCUUGUUUUAGAAGAGAUUGUAUAUUGAGAAUGGUUCAUGCAAAUACACUUGUGUUGCCGCCAAUUCGGUUAGAAUCCCGUUAUAGAAGAAGAAAUUAUAAUAAUAAAACAAACAAUAAUUUUUAAAUAUAAAAACAAGAUUAUAUACUAAUGGAAACGUACUAUACACAAACAUAUUUGUUUCGUUUAUUACUGUUACUAAAAUGCGAAGGCAAAUUUUAUUCAAUUAGGUGAAAGUUAGCAAUAUGCAGCAAGACAACGGAAGAUCAACUAGCGAGCACAUGGUCCGUUAGAGCGCAGAAAACUGAACUUAGCAAAGCAGAAUGCUGCCCAUCAUAAUCGCUACUCCACUGGAAAUGGUAGUUCCAUACUUGCUGGAACUCGUGUGUUCUCCUAUUGGACAACAAGCAUCGUGUGGCAUAAGAAGAAAGUAAUGCGAAAACAUAUUGAUAAAUAUAUCGCAAAAUGACAAAUUGUUUUGGCUGUUGAAUCACGAUGUUUUCCGUUAUUGAUGUUGGGAAAGAUAGUGUUUGUGUGUAUUUUUGCCAUUAUAAUGCAUGGAAAUGUUUCUGAAAUCUAAAACAAAAUGUUGAUGCAGCAGCAAGCAGUAGAUAUAAUUUCUGCAUCAUGAAUAUUAUUGUGCUUUAAACUCAUAGAUACUCAAAAGGGUGCCUCCCGAGCACCUUUGGUCAGUGAGGUUUGUUUACUGGUUUUCGAAUAAAUAUUUGCGAGGGUAGUUUGAUAGGUCCCUGGCACAAGUGCUAAAACAGCGUUGCCAUGCUUCAUUAUGGCGGAUUAUAUUGAACUUUUUUACGGCAACCUUUCUACGUUGAUAUAUUCUGCUUUUCAUCAACUAUGAAACGUUUCCAGAAUCGAGGCUGGCCUUCCAAUAUUUUACUGUGGCAUAAAAUCAUUUGGUUUGAAUUUUGACUUA